AUGGAGACGUUGGCAGCUCUUUGGAGUCGAUAUGGGAGGAAAGAAAGGGGUCCUGAUGUCGAGUAUUCUCCUCUGCCAGUAACGCCCAGCAGAACCUCAGACGACGAACCUACUCGACCCCACGAAACACUACAUCGAAGGACCCCUUUCAUUACAUGGCAGACGACUCCCACCUUCGAGAUUUCCAUCAAUGUGUAUGCAAUAUGGCGUCUGCUGAUACCCUUAUUGUUGGCUCUUAUCCCAAGCUUCGUCUGGUCGAGAAGGAAACCGAGAAAAUUAUAUCCCACGAGCUAUUUGGACGGAUUGAGGGGUGUUGCAGCAUUGUUCGUGGUAUUCCACCACUAUGCAAUUAACUUCACAGCUUCUUCCCAAGACGGUUGGCAUACGGGCGAGCCGGGAUCUCACGAUUGGUUCUUCCUGUUUCCACUCGUGAGGGUCAUUCAUUCUGGACGAUUCAUGGUUAUAAUCUUCUUUAUCAUCUCAGGAAACGUGCUUUCGCUCCAAGUUCUGAAGCUGGCCAGAGCAGGAGAGAAGGAUAAACUUUUAGACUCGUUGGCUAGCUCGGUCUUUCGGAGAUGGAUUCGUCUGCACAUUCCAGUCAUUGCUUCGACGUUCAUUGCAUUUCUUUUAGCUAGAGGUGCUGUCUGGACGCUGUUACCGGGACAUUGGGACCAUACUGAGGUGGAGGCUGCACAACAUUUUGCGAGAUCACAGCCUCUGCCGUAUCCCGAGGGCACAUUCAUGGAGCAGUUCUGGGACUGGUUUGGAGAUGCCAUACAACUAUGUGAUCCAUUCCGCUUCGGCGCCCCCAGCAACUCGAAGUACAAUAUCAAUAAUUUAUGGACGAUCCCAGUGGAAUGGAUGGGUUCUAUGCUAGUCUUCGCCACAGUUCUGGGUAUAUCUCGAUGCAAGACGUGGGCAAAAGUCGGCUCUCUGUUACUCCUCAUAUACGUAGCUCACCACCACUCACGCUGGGAAUGGGCCACUUUUCUCAGCGGUACUCUCCUCGCGCAAGUCUCCUUAAUCCGCAACACUCAUCCCGGCCCCUCCAAGUUUGAAUUCAUCGACGAAAAGCUCCCAGAGAUCAAAGUCCCGCUUCAACUCUUGUCCAAAAUCUUCUGGACCCUCCUCUUCAUCGCAGGCCUCUACCUCGGUGCUCAACCCCAGAACCUCUCCUCCACCAGCCCAGGCUACAAAACCAUCAUGUCCUGGCUCCCAACCCAAUAUCUCCACAACCCCGACGGCUUCUGGCCCUGCAUCGGAGGCGUAAUCCUCAUUUUCGCCCUCGAAAAUGCUCCAUUCCUCCAAUCUAUCUUCACAACUUCGUUCGCGCAAUAUCUGGGCGAUAUCUCCUUCUCGUUGUAUAUGUUGCACGGCCAAGUCCUGUUCACAUUAGGGCAAUGGAUCGUCCCGAAGGCGAUGGAUAUCACGGGUGGAUGGGAGAAUGGCGGAUUCGGGUUUGGUGGGGGAUUGGUACUGGCUGGUACAGUGCUUUUGCCGGUUACGUUUUGGGUUAGUGAUUUGUUUUGGAGAGGGGUGGAUGUUAGGAGUGUGUGGUUUGCGAAGUGGGUUGGGGAUAGGUGCUUUUUGGAGUAG